GUAAACUGCUGGCGCUAAACGUGAUUUAUACUGAGUACCACUGUAGACACAGACGGCUCCCGCUAACCAUGAAUUUAACUUUUUUUAGCUGCUUCUCAUGACCAAGGAGUUGGUUACCUUAGUCAUCCACCCUUCCAAACGGCACGGCUAGUUUUUACACCCUCAGACAUACCAUGCAGACAUUGGAUAUAAACGGAGUGACGGUGCAAUUUCCUUUCACUCCCUAUGAGUGCCAGAAAGAUUACAUGGGGAAAGUCAUUGAAUGUCUUCAGAGGGGGGUUAAUGGAGUUUUGGAGAGUCCUACAGGCACUGGAAAAACCUUGUGCCUGCUAUGUGCCACCUUGGCUUGGAGGGAUAAUUUCAAAGACACCAUCGCUGCACAUAAAAUAGCAGAAAGGCUGAAUGGGAAGGAGAUGUUCCCGAGUAAUCCUCUCUCAUCUUGGGGGCAAGCUAAUACAGAUGGUUCAACACCAACGUACUUCAGUGAUGUUCCCAAGAUCAUAUACGCAUCACGAACACACUCUCAGCUCACCCAGGUUGUUAAUGAGUUAAAGAACACUUCAUACAAACCUAAGGUGUGUAUUUUGGGGUCAAGAGAACAGCUGUGCAUCCAUCCAGAAGUGAUGCGUCAGGAAAGCAACCAUGUCAAGGUCCACAUGUGUCGAGGGAAGGUAUCCACAAGGUCUUGUGUCUUCUAUAACAAUGUUGAAGAGAAAAGCACCGAUAGAGAUUUGGUGAAUAAUAUUGUGGACAUUGAAGACCUGGUCAAAUUUGGCAACAAACAAAGGGCCUGUCCUUAUUACCUCUCACGUUCCUUAAAACAGCAGGCAGAUGUGAUUUUUAUGCCCUAUAACUACCUGCUGGAUCCAAAGAGCCGCAAAGCUCAUAGCAUCGAACUGACGGGAUCUGUUGUCAUUUUUGAUGAAGCUCAUAACAUAGAGAAGACCUGUGAAGAGUCAACAUCGUUCGAUAUGACGCCGUAUGAUUUAGCCUCAGCUAUUAAUGCAUUAACCAGAUUGCUAGGUGACCAGGCUAAAGAAGCCAAUUUUGGAGAGUCUUCUGUUCAAGGUUUAAAAACAGACAUAGAAACUGUUGUUAAAAUCAAAGAGAUUUUUCUGAAUCUGGAAGCUGCUCUUGAUUCAUUUGAAGUUCCGGCUGACAGGGGCAUAACAAAACCUGGAAUCUUCAUAUAUGAGCUACUGGAGAGAGCCAAGUUGAACUACAACACCAAAACAGAUGUGUUUGAAGCGCUGGAGCAGAUCAUUGGAUACUUAGCAGGACAACCAGGGAUAUUUCUCAAUACGAGUGGACUGCAGAAGCUCUCCGAUAUUAUACAGCUGGUGUUCUCUGGGGAAGUAUCAUCAUCACCAUCAGACCGGCAAAAGAAAAUGGAAGCUAAUACGGCUCAUUUUAAGGUUCACAUCCAUCAAGACACCAGCUCUCAGAAAAAACAAACCAACACUGACCCAUGGGCUUCAUCUUCGACAAAGAAAGCAGGAAACAUUCUGAGUUACUGGUGUUUUUCUCCGGGCUUCAGCAUGCAGGAGCUGGUGAAUCAAGGUGUUCGCUGCAUCAUUCUGACCAGCGGUACCCUUUCUCCCCUGAGUUCCUUUACCUCAGAGAUGAGGAUAAAAUUCCCAGUGUCUUUGGAAAACAGCCAUGUGAUUGAGCGGGACCAAAUCUUCGUCAGCAUCAUUGAACGGGGCCCAGAUGGGGUGCCGUUAAGUUCAGCAUUUGACAGAAGAUUUGUUCCUGAAAACUUGUCAUCCUUGGGAAACACAGUGGUGAACCUGACCCGCAUUGUCCCACAUGGACUUCUGUUGUUUUUUCCCUCCUUCUUUUUAAUGGAAAAAACUCUGGAGUUCUGGAGAGGCAAUGGACAUGCAGAUCGCAUUGAAAGUGUAAAGCCAAUGUUUAUUGAACCGAAAGGAAAAGGAACCUUUACUGAGGCUAUUGGGAGUUACUACCAUGCAGUUAAUGACUCAAAAUCCAGAGGAGGAAUCUUUUCAGCGGUUUGUCGAGGAAAGGCUAGCGAGGGUCUGGAUUUUGCCAAUACAUUUGGUCGUGGUGUUAUAAUCACUGGACUGCCCUUUCCACCAAAGAUGGAUCCUCGAGUCGUCUUGAAGAUGCAAUUCUUAGAUGAAAUGAACCAAAGGAAAAUCCCUGGCAUGAAGUUCCUUUCAGGGCAGGAGUGGUACAAAGAGCAAGCCUUCAGAGCUGUCAACCAGGCUAUUGGCAGAGUCAUUCGCCACAAGGAUGACUAUGGCGCCAUCUUCCUGUGUGAUCAGAGAUUUAAAAAUAGAGACGCCCAAUCGCACCUUCCAUCAUGGGUGAGACCUUAUGUUCGUCCAUAUGACAACUUUGGGAACAUAGUCCGUGAUGUCUGCCAGUUCUUCAGGGUUGCACAGAAAAUGAGGCCUGUGUUGCAAAAGAAUACUGCACCGGAACUUGCUUCAGUGUGCUCAGCAGGCAAUUCUCAGUUGCCAUUUCCACAGUCUUCCGGCUCCAGUUCUUACUUGGUCUCUCAAAGCACCUACACUCAGAAGGCCAAAAUGUUGGACACGCACACUUCCACUCUUAAAAGGAGGAGAACUGAUGAAGAUACUGCAGUUGCUGGUAUUUUUAAACAGUACGAGUCUCAGACAACAAAAACGAAGAUAAAACCAGGCAAUCUGUUUGAUGCCCUGGAACGAGUUGAGAACCGAAGAGAAAAGAAUGAUGCUUUGGGAGAUCAGACGCAAAGCAAUUCGUCCACACUGUCACUUCAAUACGACAAAAGGAUGGAUGAGAUGAUGCGUGGAGGGAAACGCAAAAUAAAAUUGGUCCAAGAACAGAAGACAAGUGUUUCCACGGCUGUUUCUGGAGAUGGGAAAAACAACAUGGCUAGAAAGUUCCUGGGAGAAAUGAAGUCAUCCCUGAGCCAGGUCAACUUUGAGAAAAUUCGCCUGGCUCUGCAUUCCUACAAGAAAAAUGACAACCUGGACACCCUGCUGUCGGAGACGUCUUUGUUAACCGAUGACCCUCAUACUUACAGUUUGUUACGUGGUUUGUACCCGUUUGUACGACCACAUCACAGGAAGAGAUUUGAUGAGAAAUGCCAGGAACUGACCGGUACUGGCUGUGGAUACAAACCUGAACACUCACUGUGCAAAGAUGAGAAGAAAUCAGGGAUGCCACACGGCGCAGAUGUGAAACCCGGGGGAGUUUCAGCAUCCGGUUCCACUUUAACAUCAACUAGCAGUCAAUUAAAUGGAGACCAAUUCAGUCGAGGAGGACAUCAAGAGCUUCGAGAAACUCAGACUGACCUGAAUACAAAGAGUCUAGUCCAGGCUGCCUUUCUGGCCGAUGUUAAAAAAGCGCUGGGAGCGGAGGGAUCAGCCCAGCUCUGUCAAGCUGUUCACAGCUACAAGACGACAGACAACUAUGAAAAUAUGGUGACUGCGGCUGUGUCCUUAUUCACCGAGAAAGAUGAAGACUUCAGCCUUUUAAUCAGAUUUGCCAAUAUUAUUCGCCCUCACCAUAAGAAACAGUACAAAGCGAUGUUGAGAGCAUUGAUGGGUCAGUCUGCUGAAACUGCUGCUGAGAAAAACGACGAGAACGAAUCGGGAUAUUACAUUCUCAAAGUAACGUGUAACCCACCCUGCUUCACACUGGCCGCGCCGGGGCUUGACACAGGAUCUUCGCAAUCGGAGUCGAGAGCGCCGACCACACGGCCAAAAUCCCGGACUGUCGACCGCGUGUUCAGCGCAACUCUCAAGGCACAGAGAAUGAGGUUUACCAACGUACACUUUCACAGCCUCACAGGCUUGUAUCCGUAACACACGUACAAACCUCCAAGAAACUCUGCAGUGGUUCACAAUAGAAUUCUGUUUCUCAUUCCUUUAAUUAAAUAACAAAUGUCUUAGUACGUGUCUCUAUGUACAGAUUUGGAAAUGAUUAAGUACAGGUAGCCAACAGUUAGCGCAGUUAACCUAAAUUUAGCACAAUUUCCAAUUCAAUAGAUCUUGUUCAUCUAAACUGAUCAAUUCUCAGGUCUAAUGGGUGUUCUCUCUAAAACACAUCGGCAUCAUUUCAUUGAAGAAGUCAUCACGUGCACAGUAGUCCAUUCAAUUGUCAAAACUAGUCAAGAAUCUGCUGUAAGGCAAGUUUAUUUAUGGAGCACUAUUCGUACACAAGGUAAUUCAAAGUGCUUUACAAAAAAGUCAUAAAAUCAUUCCAUAAAACCAAAAAAAUACAUUAAAAAUGAAGAGUGCAGAUAAAAUGCUUUCAGUUGUCAAAUGAACAGUUGAAUAUAAGAGUUUUCAGCCUGGAUUUGAACAUUGCCAAAGUUGAGGAUUGUCACACAUCUGGAAGGACAGAUUUUGGCAACAACUUAAACGCACCCUCACCGUGUUUCGUCCUGACUCUGGGCACCCGCAGGAGAAUGCUCCCUGAGCUUCUCAAGAGCCUGAGAUGGUUUAGAGAGCCCGGCGAGAAGGCCGUUACAGUAGUCCAGCCUGCUGGAGACAAUACGGUAUGCUGUAAUACUCUGCUAUCGUAUAUGAAUCUCUUGGAACAUUGGAUAAAUGGAUCAUUUGACAGUCAGGUGAAACUACAAUUUGCGUUGAAAUGCGGAUGAGAAUCUGUGACCAGACAGACAGCAGCAGUGUGUGGACGCCCAGGAAAGCGAGGACGGUGGCCAGUGAAGAGGUAUCAGUUGUGAAACUCCAGUUUUACUUGGAGUACUGCAGGCUGCAUAUAAUUUUCCCAAUGUUUGUUUAUUACAGUAUGUUGUGCUAAACACAUUUUCAUUACUCUGAUGUAUGGAAGU